AUAGGUUUUCAUUCAGUGAUGUCGCGUAUUGGUGUGGUGAACCUGUAACGAUCAAGACAGGCACAAGUCGGCCUUUUUUAAUUAUUUGAUUCAUUCUUUUAUUUCUUCAGUUAUUUUAUCUUUUUUUACUUUGGUCUAGUAGGCUACCUGAAAGGGACCCUGUGUAUUUUUGUUUUAAUGAAUCUUUAAGAUAAUCGUUUUAGCCUACAUGAUUUUGUCUGUUCAUUUUUUUAGGUUCACAAGUUUAAGAUAAGAAAACAGGCUACGGAAUUCGCUUUUGUUUUUUUAACUGUCAAGCGAUAUCUUGAUUCACUAGGCUAUUAUAAGACGUUAUUUGGCUGUGGACGUCCUUAACUUUCAUUUAUAUAUACGACGUCAACUCCACACUAACAUGGCAGUCAGACUGUGCGAUGUGACCUCUCUACUUAGAAGUGGUUCCUGGGCAGCAGAGCCUUGGACUGGGGUGAUUGCCGCGAUGGAAGCACAGCUGUCCAAUGGGCCGACCUGUAACAACACGACCAAUGGUCCUGCCACACUUUCGAACAACUGCUCAUCCCCGGUGGAAUCGGGCAGCAUAGAGGACAGCAAAACAAACCUGAUAGUCAACUACCUGCCGCAGAAUAUGACCCAGGAAGAGCUCAAGAGCUUGUUUGGCAGCAUCGGUGAAAUCGAGUCCUGCAAACUUGUACGAGACAAAAUAACAGGACAGAGUCUGGGUUACGGAUUUGUGAACUACGCCGAGCCAAAGGACGCAGAGAAAGCCAUCAACACUUUAAAUGGACUCAGACUCCAGACCAAGACCAUAAAGGUGUCGUACGCACGCCCCAGCUCGGCCUCCAUUCGUGAUGCCAACCUGUACGUGAGCGGCCUGCCCAAGACCAUGACCCAGAAGGAGCUAGAGCAACUCUUCUCUCAGUACGGACGUAUCAUCACCUCACGCAUCCUCGUCGACCAGGUCACAGGGGUGUCCAGGGGGGUUGGCUUCAUCCGUUUUGACCGUCGAGUGGAGGCGGAGGAGGCCAUCAAGGGCCUGAACGGGCAGAAGCCACCUGGAGCCUCGGAGCCGAUUACGGUGAAGUUUGCCAACAACCCCAGCCAGAAGACCAGUCAGGCACUGCUUUCGCAGCUCUACCAGUCGCCCAAUCGAAGGUACCCUGGACCCCUCGCACAGCAAGCGCAGCGCUUCAGGUUGGACAAUCUGCUAAACAUGGCCUAUGGAGUAAAAAGUAGAUUCUCCCCCAUGGCUAUUGAAGGCGUGUCUAGCCUAGCGGGCAUCAACCUCCCGGGGCACGCGGGCACGGGCUGGUGCAUCUUCGUGUACAACCUGGCGCCGGACGCGGACGAGAGUAUCCUGUGGCAGAUGUUUGGGCCGUUUGGCGCUGUGACCAACGUCAAGGUGAUACGCGACUUCAGCACCAACAAGUGCAAAGGCUUUGGCUUCGUCACCAUGACCAACUACGACGAGGCCGCCAUGGCGAUCGCCAGUCUGAAUGGGUACCGCCUGGGCGACCGGGUCUUGCAGGUCUCCUUCAAGACCAACAAAACGCACAAGGCUUAACUUUCUCGUCUCGUGAUCAUUUCUUAAGAAAAAAACUUCCCAAGCCCUCCCAUCCCUGUGGUGUGGGUGUGGGAAGGGGAUUGGGGGAGUGUUGCGGUAUCCUUUCUACAUUAGUAUAUAAAAGAAAAUAUAAAAAAGAAACAAAAUUACAUUUCUAAAUCAGUGUUACAAAAAACGAUCCAGUAUUCAGCGUCCAGCAAUGUGGUCUUUUUUUGUUUGUUUUGUUUUUUCAGUUGGUUUGGUUUUUAGUGUUCUUUUUGUUUUCCCCCUUCAUUGCUUAAUCUUCAAAACGUCAAAAAGAAACCUGUAUGGAGAACUUGUGCUUUUUUUGUUAAGUAGACGUGCAAAUUUUGAGUUAUGUUGAAUAAAGAAGCAUUGUCUAAAAAAGUAACAAUGAGGUGUUUUUGCAUCUUGUGUUUUUGUUGCACAUCAGCUUAUGGUUCUGUGUAGAUUUUUGCCUUUUUUAUGUUCUGCGUUGCCUUAGGUGUGUUUACAGUUAAAGUGCUAAAAGUAUUUAUUUUCAUUGCAUUGUUUUUUGUUCAUUUUGUAUUAUUGAUUGGCUGCGUAAUGUUGCUUAAUGUAAAAUGAAUGGGAAAAAAAGACAAAAAAAAAAACUCUUAAAGCAGUACCUUGCCAAAGAGCUAAGAACCUCUUUGAUGUGGGUUUAAGAGCAUCUAUUUUUAUAAA